AUGUCUGAUUCUUCCACCACGCAAAACUCAGCUGCGGCGGCUGGUAGCCUUUCAGGAAGUAUAGCAUCUGCUACCUCAUCAACCUUUCCAGCCUCAGUUGGAUCAAGCCAGCUUUCAACGCCGACUCUCAGCACACCUGCUCUGCCACUUGCAGAAAUCACCUUAACAUCAUCUGGGGCCCAGCCUGGUAUUGACAGAGGCACACCAACGCAAGUAGCCAACACAAUUUUCACGGCUACCCCAUACACAAAUGCAGCUGCACAAGCACCCAUCGCAGUGGCGGUUACUAUCUUUGAGUAUCCUUUAGCUCAUACUACUAGCAUCAAGCCAGCGACCAAUUCAAGUGCUUCGACGCAUUGUCCUCGUCCAUCUUCGACCGGUAUAUCUACUGGGACUAUCGCCGGGGCAUCAGUAGGUUGUCUGCUGGGCGGCCUUCUGAUCGGGGCAAUUGUGGCACUAGCGAUUUUGCGUCGAAAGCACCAGAAAGAUGGAAAGAAUAUCAAGAAGGAGAAUUUCGUGCUGACAACGGAGUCAAAGAUUUACGGAGAGCCUAGUUCUGGCCAGUCAAGUAAGGAUGUUGACCUCAGCCAAUUCCUCCUAGAUGCAACUCCCGACAAGGAAAUCGGCGACGAAUUCCUUUCACUAAGCGAACUGGUACGGUCUCACAUUGAGAGUCAUUACCAUCUACAACCAUUGCACUCUUCGGCUUCGCUAAUUCCGAGCAUUCGCGACUUGGAAUUGCCCCAGACUCCAGGGUCAACUCCCGAAAGCGUGGCCGCGAUCUGUGCCAAUCCGGUCAGUCGACAAGUCGGGCUUCAGCACGUUGUUUCCACGGCCAUUCUCAACAGUAUCGACUUCCCCUCAGGGGGCCGAUUUUCUGUGCUUCCCGAACCAGUGACAAACUUUCUCCGCUCCGUCCCAAGGGAUACCCAAUACGACAACUCUAGUGGUGAGAAUUUGAUAGCUCCAGGCCUCCCAGAUCACUGA